AUGUCUGAGGUGAGCGAACAAAAUGUGGUAGAUUCCACAAUUGUUGAAUCUAACAAUGAUGUAGGAUCAUACCAUUCUGACAAUAUUUCCGAGACCAAGAAAGACAUCAGUGAUUUUGAUGAAGCUGCUGCUCCAGUAGAAAUUCCAAAGAAACCUGCUUCUGCUUAUACCUCUGUGUGUAUCAUGUGUUUAAUGGUUGCCUUUGGUGGUUUCAUAUCUGGUUGGGAUACUGGUACCAUUGGUGGUUUCAUGGCUCAAACUGAUUAUAUUAACAGAUUCGGUAGUACUCAUCCAAGUGGUACUAAAUAUAUGUCCAAAGUCAGAACUGGUUUAUUGGUUUCUAUUUUCAAUGUCGGUUGUGCCAUUGGGUCUGUCUUCUUAGGUCGUUUGGGUGAUAGUAUUGGUCGUAGAAAGGGUAUUGUUGUCGGUGCUAGUAUCUAUAUCGUUGGUAUUGUCAUUCAAAUCGCUUCUAUUGACAAAUGGUUCCAAUAUUUCAUUGGUAGAAUUAUUGGUGGUUUAGGUUCCGGUGCUAUUGCUGUUUUAUCUCCUAUGUUAAUUUCUGAAGUUUCUCCAAAACAUUUAAGAGGUACUUUAGUUUCAUGUUAUCAAUUGAUGGUUACGUUUGGUAUCUUUUUAGGUUACUGUACUAAUUAUGGUACUAAGAACUACAACAACUCAGUCCAAUGGAGAGUGCCAUUAGGUCUAUGUUUUGCCUGGGCUUUGGUUAUGAUCGGUGCUAUGUUUUUGGUUCCAGAAUCUCCACGUUACUUGGUUGAAAAAGGUUUAAUUGAAGAAGCUAAAAGAUCCGUUGCUAAAUCAAACAAGGUUACAGUUGAUGAUCCAGCUACUAUUCAAGAAGUUGAAUUGGUUCAAAUCGCUGUUGAUGCUGAAAGAGAAGCAGGUACUGCUUCUUGGGCUGAAUUAUUCCAUACCAAGACCAAAGUUUUCCAACGUACUUUAAUGGGUGUUGUCGUUCUUGCUUUACAACAAUUGACUGGUUGUAAUUAUUUCUUUUACUAUGGUACCCUUGUUUUCAGUGCUGUCGGUUUAGAGGAUUCUUUCCAAACGUCUAUUGUUUUCGGUAUUGUGAAUUUUGCCUCUACAUUUGUUGCUUUGUAUGUUGUUGAUAAAUAUGGUCGUCGUACUUGUUUAUUAUGGGGUGCUGCUGGUAUGGUUUGUUGUAUGGUUGUGUUUGCAUCAGUUGGUGUUACAAGAUUAUGGCCUCAUGGUAAAGGGAAUGGAUCAUCCAAAGGUGCUGGUAACUGUAUGAUCGUUUUCUCCUGUUUCUUUAUUUUUUGUUUUGCUACUACUUGGGCUCCAAUUCCAUUCGUUAUUAUCUCUGAAUCUUUCCCAUUGAGAGUUAAGGCCAAGGGUAUGGCGUUAGGUACAGUUUCUAAUCAAAUGUGGAAUUUCUGUAUUGGAUUUUUCACACCUUUCAUUACCGGUGCUAUUGAUUUCUACUACGGUUAUGUGUUUAUGGGUUGUUUAGUCUUUGCCUACUGUUACGUGUUUGCAUUUGUUCCAGAAACCAAGGGUUUACAAUUGGAAGAUGUUAACGUUAUGUGGGAAGAAGGUGUUUUACCAUGGAAAUCUGCAUCUUGGGUUCCACCAUCUCAAAGAGGAGAUACGUAUGAUGCAGAUGCUUUAGCUACUGAUGACAAACCACUUUACAAGAGAAUCUUUAGCAAAAAUUAA